UAGGGUUCCGAUCUGUUACCUCUUGUGUACGUUUGAAAAAAAAAUAUUGCCUCAAAAAUUCAUCUUCAAAAAAAGGAAAAAAAGAAGAGAGAGAAUUUUCGAUUUUCCUUGAGAUUUAUGUUCUAAUCUGAAAUUCAUUACCUUAAUGAUUUGCUAUAUCGGUUCGAUCUCCAUUACGAUUGCUUGAUUUUGUAUUGGAUUUGGGGUUAAAUCCAAGCUUGCUUGUUUUUUUUUGAGGGUCUGGUUAGUGGUGAAACCGAUGGAGACUCAGGGCCCUAACGGAUCUUUGCAGAAACAAUCACUGCCUCCGAAGAAUUAUGGAAUCACGAAACCAAUAUCACUCGCGGGGCCUAGUGAGGCUGAUAUUCAGCGGAAUACGGAAUUAGAGCAGUUUCUGAUAGAGUCGGGACUUUACGAGAGCAAAGAGGAGGCUGCGAAAAGAGAGGAGGUUCUUGGCCAUAUCUCUGAGAUUGUAAAAAGUUGGGUAAAGCAAUUAACUCGUCAAAGAGGCUACACUGAUCAGAUGGUGGAGGAAGCAAAUGCUGUCAUUUUCACUUUUGGAUCAUACCGUUUAGGGGUGCACGGACCUGGGGCUGACAUAGACACUUUGUGUGUUGGGCCAUCUUAUGUGAACCGAGAGGAAGAUUUCUUCAUCAUUUUGCAUGAUAUUUUGGCUGAGAUGGAGGAAGUCACUGAACUUCAACCGGUUCCAGAUGCUCAUGUCCCAGUAAUGAGGUUCAAGUUCCAAGGGAUAUCUAUUGAUCUUCUUUAUGCAAGUAUAUCUCUUUUGGUCGUUCCAGAUGACCUUGACAUCUCACAUGAAUCUGUGCUGCCUAAUGUUGAUGAGCAAACUGUUCGAAGUCUUAAUGGGUGCAGGGUUGCUGAUGAAAUCCUUAAACUUGUCCCAAAUGUCGAGCACUUCCGCAUGACUCUUAGGUGUUUGGAGUUCUGGGCAAAGAGGCGUGGAGUUUAUUCUAAUGUUACUGGAUUCCUAGGAGGUUUAAAUUGGGCUCUUCUAGUUGCUCGUGUGUGCCAACUUUAUCCCAAUGCAGUACCUAGCAUGCUGGUUUCUCGAUUUUUCAGAGUGUAUACUCAAUGGAGGUGGCCAAACCCUGUUAUGUUGUGUUCAAUAGAAGAGGGUGAACUUGGCUUUCCAGUCUGGGAUCCACGCAAGAAUCCUCAGGACCGUUUCCAUCAUAUGCCAAUAAUUACUCCUGCAUAUCCUUGCAUGAAUUCCAGUUACAAUGUCUCUUUAAGUACACUUCGUGUUAUGAUGGAACAGUUCCAAUUUGGUAAUAGAAUAUGUGUGGAGAUUGAGCAAAACAAAUCUCAAUGGAGUGCUUUGUUUGAGCCUCAUCUUUUCUUUGAGGCAUACCGAAACUAUCUACAAGUUGACAUAGUUUCGGCAGAUGCUGAUGAUUUACUGGCAUGGAAAGGCUGGGUAGAGUCCCGGCUUAGACAGCUAACCUUGAAGAUAGAGCGGGACACAAAUGGAAUGUUGCAGUGUCACCCUUACCCAAACGAGUAUGUUGAUACAUCCAAGCAGUUCCAACAUUGUGCUUUUUUCAUGGGUUUGCAGAGGAAAGAGGGAGUGAGUGGUCUAGAAGGUCAACAAUUUGACAUACGUGGAACAGUUGAUGAGUUCAGACAGGAGAUAAGCAUGUACAUGUACUGGAAACCAGGAAUGGAUAUUUAUGUUUCUCAUGUUUGUAGGAGGCAGCUCCCAGCGUUUGUUUUCCCUGAUGGAUAUAGACGGCUUCGAUCAUUGAGGCAUCCAAGCCAGCAGACUGGAAAAACUUGUGAAGAUGUCACGAGGUCCCGCUCAGGCUCUUCGUGUUUCAUUGGUGUUCUCUCUCUGCCUAUAUCCCUUGCACUCCCUAUGAUGAAGAGUUGAAAUUUUUGCCAUGUAUGAUGGCAUAUGUAGAUUUUCAUUUUAUUUAUUAAGUACGGAGGGAAUAUAGAUUAUGAAACUCUACCAGCAUUAACUUUGUAUGCUCAGUUGGCACCAUUGUUUUGGUACAACUAGAAAGAUGUGGUACAACUAGAAAAUCAUUUGCUUUUUGAAGAGCCCUUAAAAGAGCAAGUUGAUGGUC